GUGCUGGGUGGGGAGCGCCGCGCCCCGCGGCGGGGUAGGGCGCAGCCGCUAGCGGCUACACCUCGUACUGAGUUGGUUUUGAACGGCAAUGAGAGCUCCCCGGCUCGGGGCACCGCGCUGUGUCGGCCGCGGCGAUUUGAACGCUCAGACCGAGGUCUGAGGGUAAGAGUAACGCCGGGCUCUCCGUGGGUUCGGUAUGUACCGGCACGGCAGCUGCGCUGGGGUUACUGAAUGUCGUUGUUGCAGUGCCUCUUACAGAUGCUUCACAGAGAAGGGAAAGCGGGCUCUGAAGUCAUAGAAUCACAGAAUCAUUAAGAUUGGAAAAGACUAAGACCAUCUAGUACAACUGUCAGCCCGCCCCACUGACCACAUCCCUCAGGGCCACAUCCACACGGUUCUGAACACCCCCAGGGACGGUGACCCCACCACCUCCCUGGGCAGCCUGUGCCACUGCCUCACCACUCCUUAUGAGAUGAAAUUCUCCUUAAUAUCCAACCUGAACCUCCCCUGGCACAACUUGAAGCCAUUCCUUCUUAUCCUAUCACUGUUAUAUGGGAAGCCAACCUGCAUCUCACUACAGCCUCGCUUCCAGGAGUUGCAGAGAGCAAUAAGGUCUCCUCCGAGCCUCUUCUUCUCCAGAUGGAACAAAUAUUUGAGUUCAGUCUUAUAGAGCAGUUUGACUCUAUCAGAUUGACUAACUUCUGUUUGCACCAGAAAUUAUUCCCAUGCCUCAUAUCAACACUACAUUCCCUAGGAACCUGGAGCAGAGAUUCUUCUAGAUAUUCGGCAAUCCCAGAUAUGUGAGCAGAUGGGGAGAAGAACUUACAGAGAGCAGUCCUGUGGAGAGGGACAUGGGGGAUCCUGGUGGACAAGAAGCUGUACACAAGCCAGCAGUGUGUGCUUGCCGCUCAGAAUGCCAACUGUGUUCUGGGGUGCAUCAAAAGAGGGGUGGCAGCAGGGAGAGGGAGGGGAUCGUCCCCCUCUGCUCUGCCCUCAGGAGGCCCCAUCUGGAUUACUGUGUCCAGGUGUGGUGCCCAAAGCACAUGAAGGGUAUGGAGCUAUUGGAGCAGGUCCAGAGGAGGGCUGUGAUGAGAGUGCUGGAGCAUCUCUCCUAUGAAGAAAGGCUGAGGGAGCUCAGCUUGUUUAGCUUGGAGAAGAGGAGGCUCUAGGGAGACCUCAUUGUGGCUUUCCAAUACUUCAAAGGAGCUUAAAGGCAGGAAGGGUACUGACUUUUUACAAGGGUUAAUAGCAACAGGAUAAGGGGGAAUAGCUUUACACUAAGAGAACAGAGACUUAGAUGUCAAGAAGAAACUCAGAGGGCGGUGAGGCGCUGGCACAGCUGCCCAGAGAAGCUGUGGUGCCCCAUCCCUGGAGGCGCCCAAGGCCAGUUUGGAUGGGGCCCCGGGCAGCCUGAGCUGCUGGGGGGGCAGCCCUGCCCACGGCACGGGGUGGGGCUGGGUGGGCUUUGAGGGCCCCUCCUACUUAGGCCAUUCUGUGAUUCUGUUUACUGGCUGAAAUACCAAAUACAUUUCUCCCAAAUUUGUGCCCACACACGCAAGACCGUCUGCUACCUGUCUCGCUGGCGGUAACGAAAGAGGGAGCGCAGGAGACCGGGCACACAAGCAGCACCCUGCCAACAGGCUGCAGACAACCAGCAGCGUAGCGGUGGGCUCCGCCCCGGGGCGGGCAGGGCGCUGGGCAUGGCGGGCGCUGUAGUUCCUUCCCGGCAGCUGUCUCCUGUAGCAGGCGUAGGAGGGAGGUCGGUUGAACUACAGCUCCCAGGGGCUGUGAGGAGUCUCUCCCCUCACACCCCGAGAGAUUUCCGCAACAAUGAUGGCGGGGUGCAGCUGUUGGCGAGCGAAGGGCAGUGGGAGCUCCUGAGAGGCGGGAGCGCUUCCCUCCCUUCCUCUGUGUGUGCGCCCCAACGGGGAGCAGAGCCCCGGGAGAAGGGGUGCGGAGGCAACAGCCGAGGAGCACCCCCGCUCAGUAUGCUGCCUGCCUCCCUGGUGCGGGGCUGCGGGCGGCUGCGGGCCCCGCUGGGGCGGUGGCUGCUGGCGGGGCCGUGCGUCAGGUGGCGGCCGCAGCCCCGCGGCGGGGAGUGGGCUGUGAGCCCCGCUGGGCUCCGGCCGGGUGCCGCCAUCUGCACGCGGGCGGGGGGGCUGAGCGCCGGGAAACCCGGCGGGGACGGCAAGCACGUGUCGGUGCGGAGUGAUCAGAAAGAAGAAACUCUUCUGUCUGCUGUUGAGAGAGUGAAAGAAGCUGGAAGAGACUUUACCUACUUGAUUGUGGUGCUUGUUGGAAUUGGUGUUACAGGUGGUUUGUUCUAUGUGAUUUUUAAAGAGCUAUUCUCUUCUUCCAGUCCAAGUAAGAUCUAUGGAGAUGCCUUAGAGAAAUGCAGAUCUCAUCCUGAGGUAAUUGGUGUUUUUGGUGAACCCAUUAAAGGUUAUGGAGAAGCAACGCGAAGAGGAAGACGACAGUUUGUCAGUCACAUUGAAUACGUAAAGGAUGGACUGAAACAUAUGCGCUUGAAGUUCUAUAUUGAGGGCUCUGAACCAGGAAAGCAGGGGACAGUCCAUGUGGAAGUAAAAGAGAAUCCCGAGAGAGGAAGAUUUGAUGUCCGUUACAUAUUUGUGGAUGUUGAUUCCUAUCCUAGAAGAACCAUUGUUGUAGAAGACAACAGAUAGCCAAUGAUCAAAGUUGCUGCCUCAUCUUACUGAGUAUUUAAUGAUACUGGUGUAGCCAGUCUACACAUGAAUUGUUUAGUGUUCUCAAUUAUAUAUUUGGGGCUUUAUAUCUAUGCAGCUUUGGGGUUUUGUUACAGGACGUAACCUCUCAGGGCUUCCAUUACAGUCUUUCAUAACAACAGAUCCAGCAUUUGAGGAGAAACCAAUGAAAAACAGUACAUCCAUUUCUUAGGGAAAUACUUAUGACAUAGGAAAAUGUCUCUUAAUAAACUGUUUAAUGCUGGACAACAUUUCUACACCUAAUAACUGAGGGUUAGCUGGGGAGUUUCUUGUCUUCCUUUGCUUGGAUUUCCUACUAGCUCUACAAUAAAGAAAGUGAUAUUUUAA